CCAUCAACUAAAGUCUCGAAAAUACCGAUUGUAGAUUAUUAUAUUAUUAAUUAAGUAUGAUUGGAUUUUUUAGUUGACUGACUUCUAUGUUAAGUAUAAGUUUUGAUAAAUUUUGGUAUUGUGAAGUGUUAUAAGACUUUAGUAGUUAUAGCAUAAUUAUUAUAUACAAAAAUUGUACUGAAUAACCGAUUUUGUGUGACAUUUUUGCCGCUCUGUCUGUUCAUUAGCUUAAUAGGAAAACGAAAUCAAGAUGAUGUAUACGGGCACAACUACCCAACAGGAUACAAGAUUCAGUGACAAGGAGAAGAAACUUAUGAAGCAAAUGAAAUUUGGGGAUUGCUUGAGUCAAAGGGUUGAUAUGAGUAAAGUAAAACUUGAUGUUUUACGUCCCUGGAUAACGCAAAAAAUUACUGAUCUGCUUCACAUUGAAGAUGAUGUUGUUGUGGAGUUUGUGUACAAUCAAUUAGAUGUGCAAUUCCCUUGUCCUAAAAAAAUGCAAAUUAACAUGACGGGUUUCUUAAAUGGAAAAAAUGCUCGACAAUUUAUGGAUGAGUUGUGGGCCCUAUUACUUUCUGCUCAAGACACGGAAUCUGGGAUUCCAGUAGAAUUUUUAGACCAAAAAAAGGAAGAAAUUAAGAAAAGAAUGGAAGAUCAAGAGAAGUCGCUGAAUAAAGAUAAAGAUGAAGAACGAGAUCGGACUGAUAAUGAAAAUGAUAACAAAAACUUUAAUGAUGACAAGCUCAAAGAUAAAGAUAAUGAUAAAUUAAAAGAUAAUGAUGCCGUUAAAUCACGUGAGCAAUCACGCGAACGUGAUAAAACUCGUGUGCGAUCUCGGGAGAGACACAGAUCGCGCGACAGGGACAGAUCGCGCGACAGGGACAGAUCGCGCGACAGGGACAGAUCGCGCGACAGAGGCAGGUCGCGCGACAGAAAUCAUCGGGGGAGAUCUCGUCACAGGGACAGGUCAAGAGAUAGAAGUGAUCGGAAUAGGGAUAGAAGGCGAGACAAAAGUAGAGAAAGGCGGCAUAGUGUUUCCCGUGAUCGUCAUUCUCGAGAUACUCGAGACAAAAAACGUUCUCGCUCGCGUUCGCAUUCUAAAGGGAAACGUAAAGAUAAAAUUAAUCAUAAAAAAGAUCUAGUCAACAAUGUGAUAAAACAAAAUUGUCUAAACCUACGACAGAUAUUAAUGGUGAAAAAAAUCGUAUUGAUGAUAAAGAGGGAGUAUUAA